CCUCCACCAAAUCAGGGAGCUUUGCCUCAGCAGGUGGGCAACAAGACUGACUGUGCUCUACUUGGCUUUGUGAAUGCCAUAGGAGGCAAUUACGAGGCUAUGCGAUCCGAAUGGCCUGAGGAGCAACUUUACAAGGUGUACACUUUUAAUUCAGUCAGAAAGUCCAUGAGUACUGUCAUCAGGGAGCAGAAUGGUGACUUUCUUAUGUUUACAAAAGGCGCCUCUGAGAUCGUAGUUCGCAAGUGUAAGUGGAUUUUGGAUGCCUCCGGUGAGCCUAUCUCCUUCUCUCCAACCGAUCAGGAGCACCUAACACAGGAAGUCAUUGAAUCAAUGGCUGGAGACGGUCUUCGAACUAUUGGUCUUGCCUAUAGGCGUUUCAGUGCAUCUGAAGGCGAGCCUAACUGGGACGAUGAGGGUACUGUUAUAAAUAACCUAACAUGUAUCGGUAUUGUGGGUAUUGAGGAUCCAGUGCGUCCAGAGGUACCACCAGCUAUUCGUCAAUGUCAAAAUGCUGGUAUUACUGUACGCAUGGUGACAGGUGACAACGUGAAUACUGCGCGUUCUAUUGCCACAAAAUGUGGUAUUCUUCGUCCUGGUGAAAAUUUCCUCGUUCUUGAGGGUCAGGAAUUCAAUCGACGCAUACGAGAUAAGGUCACGGGACAGGUGAAACAGGAGCUCUUUGACAAGGUUUGGAUGAAUCUAGCUGUUCUGGCACGAUCAAGUCCUCAGGAUAAAUACGUUUUGGUAAGUGGUAUUAUCAAAAGUCGUAAGGCGCCGCAACGUCAAGUUGUCGCUGUCACAGGUGAUGGUACAAAUGAUGCACCGGCUCUCAAACGUGCUGAUGUUGGUUUUGCCAUGGGUAUUGCCGGUACUGAUGUUGCCAAGGAGGCCUCCGAUAUUAUCCUCACUGAUGACAAUUUCACAAGCAUUGUCAAAGCUGUCAUGUGGGGUCGUAAUGUCUACGAUUCUAUUGCUAAGUUCUUGCAAUUCCAACUUACUGUCAACGUGGUGGCUAUAGCUGUCGCCUUCAUUGGUGCGGCGUUUGUUUCUGUAAGUUGGGCUGGAGAUUGUUGUCAAUGUUUGUACUUAUUUCAACUCAUUUCUUGUCAAGCUUGUCAUGCGACAGGAGCUUAUAGGGAGGCCUAA